AUGGCUACAGUAUCGAACGCCCCUGGAUUACCUACACCCAGGUCUUUCGCGCCUUACAUGGAUCACGAGGAGAAUUUGAGCACUCUCCCAGACCCUCGGAGUAGAGUCUCGUCGCCUACAAACGAUCCGCCCGCUUCAAAUCAUGAACCGUACCAAGAACUGAGCAAUGCCCAUCUUAGCGAGGAGGUCACAGCACUGAGCAAGAAGCUCAUAAAUGCUAUCAAUCACCAGACAAGCCUCGACGACAGUUUAAGCGCCACGCGACAUGAGCUAGAGUCUUCAAGGGAACGAACGAAGCAGCUUGAGCGGGAGAAUCGGGAGCACAAAGCGCUAGUGUCGAGUGGAAUAUUGAUACGGAGUUCGGUGGCUGAGGCCGAGAAGGCCAAACUUCUUGCCAUCUUGGUAGAGGAGAAGAAUAAAAGGAGGGAGGUUGAGAAAGAUAAGAAGAGCAUCGAGCUAGAAUUGGAGAACCUCACUACAGCUCUAUUUGAGGAGGCAAACAAGAUGGUUAUUAUGGCUCGAGAGCAAGCACGGAAGGAGUAUGAUAUCGUGACUAAGAAGAAUGAUCAACUAAAGGCGCAGCUCCAGGAGGCACAGAAUUUAUUGAAAUCGCAACAAGAGCAAUUGGCAGAAUUGAAGCAAGUUAUGGAACACAUGACCGAGGAACAGGAGGACCAAACAAACCAAACAAGCGGCACGGCACCUUCGACUCCCGCAUUAUAUCAAUCCAAUCCGAACGACGAGAACACGAACAACUCGGACUCAAUACAGUCUUCGUCAAUUCCGGAGCUCGUAUCGCCUUCCUAUCCUACGAGUUUCGUGCACCUUGUUCAACCCGUCCUCCGAACUGACCUUGGAGCCUACGACGAUUUCAUCUCUUUAUUACGAAUGUCAAAGAAUAUUGUUGUUGGUAGCCGCGCUUCCAGUGGAUCAUACGGAGCCAUUGGUCUAGGAUUGGGAUUAGGAGCAUACACUGGGUCAACAUCCUCUAUCUCAACAUUGGGCACAUAUGCAUCCUCUCCCGCGACACCUACCACACCAGCUUCAAAUGUGAGCUCCGGGUCACGAGAUGGUCCCAAUUCUUUGACUCCAUUGAAGGAGACAAAGUUUUACAAACGAGCACUCGCUGAAGAUAUUGAGCCCACGCUUCGUCUCGACAACGCCCCAGGCCUCUCGUGGCUCGCCCGAAGGACAGUCUUAAAUGCAGUGUGUGAGGGGUCGCUGGUUGUCGAACCAAUGCCUUCAUCUAUAAGGCCAUAUGCAUUCCCGUGCUCUCUUUGUGGUGAAACACGAAAGGGGCCAGAACACAUCAGAAACCAUAGAUUUCGAACGAGCGAAAGCGACAACGCGCAAAGAUAUCCCUUAUGCCUAUACUGUCUAGGACGCGUCCGUUCCACCUGCGGGUUUAUGAGUUUCUUGCGCGUCCUCAAAGAAGGUCACUGGAGAGGUGAUGAUGAGGAUUCUGAUAAAGCCGCCUGGGAGGAGAGUGUCAGGUUGAGAGAACGAAUGUUCUGGUGCCGUAUAGGUGGCGGGGUUAUUCCCUGCGUACAGUCUUGGAAUCAGCAGUCAUCUCGGAAUCCUCGCUUAAGUGAUGAUGAAAGGAGGCGCAAGCUCAGUGGAGAAUCGGAAAGGUCUAUCGUGAUUAUACCUAGAGAUAUCACACCAACCAGUGAACUUUCACCCGUCAACAUAACCGGCUUCGGGAGAAGGUCGGGGGAUGGAGAGGUUCUUCCUAGCCCACUUCGAGAGGAAGUAGAGAUAUCUAAUAUUCCAAAUGUUGAUUCUGAGGAGGCGACGGCAAUCGCGCCAGUAUCCAUACUAGAGCCGAAACCGGAAGAGCAAGAGAAAGUCGAUGCUCCUGGGUCGGAAGCGGAAGAUCAAGAAAAAGGACAAGUUAGCAACGCGAAAGAUGUUCAUGAUGCAAAUGAAGUGGAACAUAUGGAACCAGAAAAAACAGGCCACACGGAAGAAUCUCACGAUGCAGCAGACGAUAUGGUACAAUCCAAGUCCUCGGUACAAAACGAGGAGUCUAUUGAAAGCAGCGAAAACCUUGAAAGGCUUCCAAUCACCAUACCCGGGGCUUUUUAA